UUCGUGUUCCGGAACUUGGUCAAGAGAGGGAGUUGGUGGCAACUGGUUAACUAGGGUUUUGAACUUGCAACUUCUAAUCGAAACAGCAGUUAAGAUGUUGUACAUAGUUGGACUUGGAUUGGGGAACGAGAAAGACAUUACUUUGAGGGGUUUAGAAGCAGUCCAGAAAUCUGACAAGGUUUUCAUUGAAGCCUACACUUCUCUCCUCUCUUUUGGUCUCUCUUCUGAUGGUCUUUCUACUCUGGAAAAGUUGUAUGGGAAACCGGUGAUACUUGCAGAUAGAGAGACUGUGGAGGAAAAGGCUGAUGAGAUUUUAAGUGCAGCUGCUGAUUCUGACGUGGCUUUCCUUGUUGUUGGGGAUCCUUUUGGAGCUACAACUCACACUGAUCUUGUAGUUCGAGCUAAGAAGUUGGGGAUUGAUGUCGAAGUGGUGCAUAAUGCAUCGGUUAUGAAUGCGGUUGGAGUCUGCGGCUUGCAACUCUACCACUACGGAGAAACAGUUUCGAUACCAUUCUUUACGGAUACAUGGAGACCUGAUAGUUUUUAUGAGAAGAUUCAGAAAAAUCGUGGGCUUGGACUACAUACUCUCUGCUUGUUAGAUAUACGCGUGAAGGAACCCACCCUGGAAUCCUUAUGCAGAGGAAAGAAGCAGUAUGAACCACCUAGAUAUAUGUCAGUAAACACUGCAAUUCAGCAACUUUUGGAGGUUGAGCAAAACCGAGGAGAAUCUGCAUACAGUGAAGACACCAUGUGUGUUGGGUUUGCUCGUCUUGGAAGUGAGGAUCAGAAGAUAGUUGCUGGUACAAUGAGGCAACUGGAGUCGGUUGAUUUUGGAGCACCUCUCCAUUGCCUUGUCAUUGUAGGCAAGACCCACCCAGUGGAAGAAGAAAUGCUGGAUUUCUACAGAACUGUAUGAUUGAUUGACUAUAUCUUUGAAAGGUGCAGCUCUACUAGUUCUAUGUGCAGGCAAGUGUUUUUUGGAUCUAGGUUCUAAUGUAAAACCAAUUGCGCAUUUUCUGGUAGUUCUGUUACUAAAUGGACUCCACAUUAUCUUUCUGUAGAGAAGUCGUUGGACAAUAUGUAAUAGAGGCAGAAGUGGAGGUCUUCUUAACUCACAUUGAAGAAAGUUCAGAAACAACUGAUGAGGCACCGGCAACAUACCAUACUUUUUUUAAUAUUCACAUUUGAUGUCGAUGCUGAAAGAACGUUGUAUAAUGUUACUAUACGUCAAGUUUUCCUACUUCAAGUUAAUCAAGUUGAUUCAAUCUGUUUCAUCACUUUCAUGUUCUACUUUCAGAUGUACACUAUCUGUAGAAAACUCUCAUAUAUGU